CGCGCCCCGCGGCUGCCGAGUGCUCGAGCCGCACGGUGGGUCCCCGCGCCCGGUGCGCGGAGGCGUGCGGAUGCCGUGCCGCCCUCGCCCGCGCAGGCGCCUCGGCAGCCUGGCCGCCAGCGCGCGCGGGGCCCGCUCCCCUCGGGGAUGCUGCCGGUGCCGCCCGACGGAGCAGCCGCCCUUGCACAGGGCGCCUCGCCCUCCCAGCCGGCGCCCUGCGGCCUGGCCCUCGCGGCGCCCGCCGAGCAGCCGCCGUCCCAGCAAGCCGCGCUCGCCCUCCCCGAGGACGCCGGCGCCUGCGGCGCUUGCGGCGCCUGCGGCGCCUGCGGCGGCUGUGCCUGCGGCGGCUGUGCUGCGGCUCUGGGGCAGGACAUCGGCUCCUGCGGCGCCUGCGGCGGCUGCGGCGGCUGCGGCGUCUGUGCCUGCGGCGGCUGUGCUGCGGCUCUGGGGCAGGCCAUGCCAGCUGUCACCCCGAUGAUGCAGGUCCCGCUGGUCAGCCCGAUGAUGCAGAUGCAGAUGCAGAUGCAGAUGCAGAUGCAGAUGGCCCAGAUGGCGCAGAUGCAGAUGGCGCAGCAGAUGGUACAGAUGGCGCAGAUGCCCAUGAUGUUCCCCGUGCAGAUGAUGCAGGCCGUGAGCUCGAUGUUCUGACUUGCUGAAGCUUCCCAUAAGUUUUGCUCUCUGUUUAUGCCUGUCCAUUGUUUCCCCUGCCCCUUUCUUCCUCCUCCAUACAUGCUCUUCUCUUCCUCGAUUUUCUGUCCCUGCUAUUGUUGCUCUGUCUCCCCCUGGCUGUUCCUCUUUCUGCUCAUCCCCAUUCUUUCACUCCAAUCCUCCCACUCGUGGGAGUUGACAGGUCGCCCCGAGGAGGCAG